CGCGGCGUGGCGGUGACGUGGCGCAGGGAGGUUCGCGCCUGGUGAGGGAGCAAGGCCGCGGGCGGGGCCGCAGCCGGAGCGGAGCCGAGAGCCGAGAGCCGAGAGCCGGAGCCAGCGCCGCCGACAUGCCGCCCUCCACCCUGCCUCUGCUGCUCGCCUGCCUCGGCCUCAGCGUCCUGUGCGUCCGGGCCGACGAGCACGACCACACGUAUGCAGAUAAAGAAGAAGUCGUCUUGUGGAUGAAUACUGUUGGACCGUACCAUAACCGGCAAGAGACAUACAAGUACUUUUCCCUGCCCUUUUGUGCAGGGAAGAAAAAGACUAUUAACCAUUAUCAUGAGACUUUAGGUGAAGCUCUUCAAGGAGUAGAGCUCGAGUUUAGUGGUCUUGAUAUCAAAUUUAAAGAUGAUGUCAUGCAAAAUACUUACUGUGAAAUUGAUUUGGAUAAACAAAAGCGCGAUGCCUUUAUUUAUGCUAUCAAGAACCACUACUGGUACCAGAUGUACAUUGAUGAUUUGCCAAUAUGGGGGAUUGUAGGUGAAGCAGAUGAAAACGGUGAAGAUCACUUCCUCUGGACCUACAAGAAACUUGAGAUAGGUUACAAUGGCAACCGAAUUGUUGAUGUUAACUUGACCAGCGAGGGGAAGGUCAAGUUGGUGGCGAACACAAAAAUUCCAAUGUCCUAUUCGAUGAAGUGGAAGAAAUCUGAUGUGAAGUUUGAAGACCGAUUUGAUAAGUACCUUGACCCAUCCUUCUUUCAACACAGAAUUCACUGGUUCUCGAUCUUCAAUUCCUUCAUGAUGGUUAUUUUCUUGGUUGGAUUGGUUUCCAUGAUUCUAAUGCGCACUUUACGAAAGGACUACGCUCGGUACAGUAAGGAGGAAGAAAUGGAUGACAUGGACAGAGAUCUGGGUGAUGAGUACGGAUGGAAACAAGUUCAUGGGGAUGUAUUCAGGCCCUCCAGUCAUCCAUUGAUAUUUUCGUCGCUGAUUGGGUCUGGUUGCCAGAUUUUCUUUGUCUCUCUUAUUGUCAUCAUUGUGGCAAUGAUAGAAGACUUGUACACAGAGAGAGGGUCUAUGCUGAGUACAGCCAUAUUUGUGUUUGCUGCAACAUCACCGCUGAAUGGCUAUUUUGGAGGUAGUCUGUAUGCUCGACAAGGAGGCAGAAGAUGGAUAAAACAGAUGUUUAUCGGGGCUUUUCUGAUCCCAGCCAUGGUGUGUGGAACCGCAUUCUUCAUAAACUUCAUUGCGAUCUAUUAUCAUGCAUCACGGGCCAUUCCUUUUGGAACAAUGGUUGCCGUUUGCAGCAUUUGUUGGUUUUUUGUCAUCCUCCCACUGAAUUUAGUGGGGACUAUUCUUGGUAGAAAUAUGUCAGGACAGCCCAACUUCCCUUGCCGUGUAAAUGCAGUGCCACGUCCAAUUCCAGAGAAGAAGUGGUUUAUGGAGCCAGCUGUUAUCGUCUGCCUUGGUGGAAUCUUGCCAUUUGGUUCUAUUUUUAUUGAGAUGUACUUCAUCUUCACCUCUUUUUGGGCUUACAAGAUAUAUUACGUAUACGGUUUCAUGAUGCUUGUCCUGGUUAUUCUCUGCAUUGUGACCGUCUGCGUUACCAUUGUCUGCACUUACUUUCUGCUAAAUGCUGAAGAUUACAGGUGGCAAUGGACAAGCUUUCUUUCGGCAGCAUCUACUGCAGUCUAUGUUUACAUGUACUCCUUCUACUACUACUUCUUCAAAACAAAGAUGUAUGGACUGUUUCAGACGGCAUUCUAUUUUGGGUACAUGGCAGUAUUCAGCUCUGCGCUUGGGAUCAUGUGUGGUGCUGUUGGUUAUAUGGGAACAAGUGCCUUUGUCAGAAAGAUCUACACAAACGUGAAAAUUGACUAAGGAAGGCCAGAGACCAGGGGAGCUGAGGAUCAUUUUUCGUUUGUUAAACUGGAACUUGCACAGUUUAAACUGCAAGGAGACAUUGGGUUAACACUGGGUAAAGUGUGGGUUCCAUUGGUGGAAGUUUUAAGCAACAUCUGUUUCCCUUGAUCCUGAGCUCGUGUUGACUGUUUUAACCAACUCUUCAGUAAAGGCUUGGAUUAUAUGCAGUAAGCAUUACUACAACGCAGUGCUGAUCUUCCCACACAAACAUAGCUCAUUAAUGAAGAAUAGACUAGCUCUCUUCAGUGAAGAGGACAAAGUUUAUUUAAAAUUAUUUGUUCUAUUGCAAAGGAGGGGAACAUCUGACUACUUAAAAGUUAUUCGAGCCUCUGUUAUGAGACAGUUAGCUUUCUGAACCAGACAUAGAAAGCUAACUCCAGAAACUUUGUGCAUUCUAGUUUUUGUGAGCGUUACUCAAAGCCCUGCUAUGUUUUUGUAUUUUAUCAAUGUUGGGAACUUGCUGCAUUUAAUUUUAAUUUGUGUACAUUUGUCAGUUUUAUGUAUACAGUAAUAGAGUGCACAUCAGUCAUGAAUAUAAUUGGACCAGCUCAACUUCUAUAUCUUCUAGUCUGAGAGGUAAUUAAUUCUCAGCUUCAGUCCAUCCAAAGAUCCAAAGAGUGAAGAAUAAGGACAGAAGUGAUCGUCUGCACUGAAAUUCACGGUAGGUUAGUGUACAAGAAAUGAUGACACUGUUAGAAAGGCUGGGGAUCUGUUGAUGUUUUAUUAGACAGGUCUAAAGGAUAUAAUUGGGCGUGUAAACUAAUCUUCUCAUUUUGUUUUCCUCCUCUCCAAGAGUUAGUCUUGCAGCUUAGUCUUGUUUUAUGUUGCGGUGGGAAUGAAGGCUUACUUAAGGUAAUAUGAAAGGGGGUAAUAAAUGUAUAUAACCUUAUAAUGUAACUUUAGGCGUAGAACCCAAAUUUAUUUGGAUGUACAGAUUUAUUACAUAGUACUUUUUCUGAUAACAAAUUAAUUUGGUGUAUAAAUGUGUGACAAUUUUUGGGUGGCUUUUUACAUCUUGCCCGCCAUUGCAUGAAGAUGGCGCCUCCAUUAUAUGUGUGGAUGUUACUCUGACUCCUUUAGUAUUUUUCCAAUUCUGUCUCUGAAGGCUCAACAAAAUUGUAAUUUAGAAUCUUAAAAUUUUGUUAAUCCAACCUGAGCACUUGACACGUGCAUCGUCAGGAGCUUUACCGCUUAAAGGAAUGUUCAGGAAUAAUGAAAACAAAAUAAAAAUUUUCAGACAUAA